UAUCUCCUGCUCUCUUUUUGUUUAUUUGACACUUGUUUGUUUUUCUUUUUGUGCCCUGCUGUCUUUCACGUUUCGUUAUGGGACGUGCCGCUGUCCGGCUGCAGCUCGGUUGAACACGCGUGUCGUUUCCGUGUGCGUGUGCGUGUGUCUGUCAGCACCCUUUAAACUCCCCCCGCCUCCUCCCCUCCCCUCUCUUCCCCUCCCCUGCACACUGGAAUGUGAGCCUUAUGUCCGUGAGCGGCAGGUACUGCGCCGGGACUCGCGCUAAUCGCUCGCUCUCUUUCCCAAGAUCUCGCCGGCUUCCUGUUUUCCGGUGCCCCGUGAGACAGCCACGAGGACAGCAGCGGAGGAGGGAUCACGACGGUGGCAGAGCGAGGGAGAAGGAGACGCCGGACACGCCUGGGGUAGGCAGACGGGAUGCACCUGUUCCGACGCCGUGCACCCACCCACACUCGCUGAAGGACUUCUCGGAAACUCCAGCCGGCUGGCUGGCCCUCCCGGUCCGACGCACGAGGAGGCCCCAGGAAACAGCGAGCGGUUUGGGCAUAAUGACCGCUGAAGAUUCCACCUCAAUGAGUAAGCCAAGCUCCUCCAGUUCCAAGGCCUCCUGCCACUCCCACCCUGUCCCCGUCGCUGUGCCAGAAAGUGUAGCUGGAGCUCCCAACGAGAGUGCCCUGGUGGCCCUAAUGGAGCGCACGGGCUACAAUAUGGUCCAGGAGAACGGCCAGCGCAAGUAUGGGCCCCCACCCGGGUGGGAGGGACCUUCGCCUCCUAGGGGCACUGAGAUUUUUGUGGGCAAAAUCCCGCGGGACGUGUACGAGGACGAGCUGGUCCCCGUGUUCGAGACGGUAGGCCGGAUCUACGAGAUGCGCCUCAUGAUGGACUUUGACGGGAAGAACCGCGGCUAUGCCUUCGUAACCUACACGCAGAAGGCCGAUGCCAAGCGGGCCGUGCGGGAGCUCAACAACUACGAGGUGCGUCCUGGCCGCCUACUGGGCGUCUGCUGCAGCGUUGACAACUGCCGACUCUUCAUCGGGGGCAUCCCCAAGACCAAGAAGCGCGAGGAGAUCUUGGAGGAGGUCUCCAAGGUGACCGAGGGUGUGCUGGAUGUCAUCGUGUACGCCAGCGCCGCCGACAAGAUGAAGAACCGCGGGUUCGCCUUCGUGGAGUACGAGAGUCACCGGGCGGCUGCCAUGGCCCGCCGAAAACUCAUGCCCGGCCGGAUCCAGCUGUGGGGCCACCAGAUCGCCGUCGACUGGGCCGAGCCGGAGAUCGACGUGGACGAGGAUGUCAUGGAGACCGUCAAGAUCCUGUACGUGCGCAACCUCAUGAUCGAGACGUCCGAGGAGACGCUGCGCAAGAUCUUCAGCAAGUUCAACCCAGGAUGCGUGGAGCGCGUCAAGAAGAUCCGUGACUACGCCUUUGUGCACUUCGCCAGCCGCGAAGACGCCGUCUUGGCCAUGGACAAGCUCAACGGCUCCGACAUAGAGGGCUCCUGCAUAGAGGUGACCCUGGCCAAGCCUGUGGACAAGGAGCAGUACACACGCUACCAGAAAGCUUCCAAGGGUGCCCCGGCUCCAGAGAACUCUCAGCCUAAUUACAUUUACCAGUGUGACCCCUAUGCUCUCGCCUACUACGGAUACCCCUACAACACACUGAUAGGACCCAACCGAGACUACUUCAUCAAAGCAGGUACUGUAAGGGACCGAGGGCGUGCAGCCACCGGGAGUAGGGGCCCCGGGCCCCGGGGCUCCUACCUGGGGGGGUACUCAGCUGGCCGUGGCAUCUACAGCAGAUACCAUGAGGGUAAAGCCAAGCAGCAGGACAAGACCUAUGAGUUGGUCCCCAGCCUGGAGCUGGCCACAGUCAACCCAGCGGGCAUCAAGCCUGGCUCAAGUCACUUGCCUCUGCCUGCCUUGGGAGCACAGUACCCCAUGUUCUCCGCCAGCCCUGCUGCUAAGCUCAUGGAGGACGGAAAGCUGCAUGCCCUGGACCAUCUCAUCAGCCCCCUCCCCAUGCAGCCCGACCACACGGCCCCCCCUGGGGCGUCAGCCGUCAUGCCUGCUGUUUCCACCCCUCCCCCUUUCCAGGGCCGCCCGCUCACCCCGGUGUACGCUGUGGCGCACGGCGUGCAGCGCCUCCCUGCUGCCGCUGGCCUGUACGGGGCUAGCUACGUGCCCAUCGCCACGCCCACCGCUGCUCUGGCCACCCUGCAGAAGAACGCGGGCAUGGCUGCGACCAGCUAUGCCAGUUACACCGGGUACAUACCACAGCCCUUUCCAGCUGGGGCCUUCCCGGUGCCCGUCCACGACAUCUACCAACCCUACUGAAGGAGUCGCCAGAACACUGAAGGAGCCGUUUGGUAUUUCCAAAGCACUGAUUCCUCCGGAACAUUCCAUCACACGUGUGUCCCAGCGAGGCCAUUUGCGUCUGCGACAGACCAGUAUUACUGGUAGAGGAUUAAGCGCAUGUAUAGCAAAAAUGAAAAUGACAACAGGACAACAAAGCAAAGCCUCUCAGAAGAAAGAAAGAAAGAAAGAAAGAAAGAGAAAGAAAAAUAAAGAGAAGAAAAGCACAGGGGAUUUCAGGUUCUUUUCUAAUUAGCUGUUUUAUGAUGUUUAGUUUUUAGCAUAGGUAAACGUAAAAUAUCCUGUUAGAGAUACUGUAUGUGUUAUGUUUGGGUGUCUUCUGUCCAUAUGCUGUUUUUGUACAUUUGCCGACAUUCCUGGGGAUGUCUGUAUUGUUAUACUAUCUGUUGUUAUUUUAGUGGAAUAAUAUAGCAGUUUUUGAGUUAUUUGUUAAUCCUGUGGUAUGAAGGUUUUACACUGGUACGCUCCUGGUUGAGGCUGGCCCAUUACUUGCUUGUAAUAUUUCAUCUAAAACAUCAGUUCUAGACUUGUGAAAUACAAAAAGGAUAAUAAAAGUGCUAGCUAUUUUUUUUCUAAUAAUAUUACAAAUGUAGCGCAAGCCGCAUACAGUAAAACACAAUCCAAUCACAGGCAAAGGCCAAUGGGAAGUACCUGGACCUGGUCAGAGAACUCUACUUCUUCUGCAAGAAGGACCGCAAAUUCAUUAAGUCUUGUGUUCCUUUCAAAAAUAAUUUGUGAAAACAGUUUCUUGAAGAGAAAAGAUCAGGCAGGUCAAAUCUUUCAAUCAUGGUUUAAACUCGUCUUUUGGCAGGUUAUACAAGUGAGCUCAUACUGUGGGAUUCUUCCUGUGCUACUCCGUGCCUGCUCUGAUCCCCCCCCCCCUGCCCAAGUCGUGUUUACGCAUGGUGUUUUCCGGGAUUGCUGGGAGGGAUCUGACCUUGGUCUCCCACAUUACCAACUCAGACCACCAGUGAACGGAUAUGCGAGCUUCCCAUCAAGUGCACAGAAAAAGAUUAAUGCUGUAACCACUAAAUGAUACUUUUUUGCACAAGUUGUGCCGUUACAAGACUGAACUGAGCUGAGCAAUACGACCACUUUAUCUGCUUUUCUUUAUUUGUUUUAGGCUACGGAAAAAUUGUAUAUACAGUUUGUUCUUUUUUCAGAAAUCCUGUUGCUGGAUUACAAAAUUAACCUAGAAUAACACUGCAGGUCACGUCCUCACUCCGUGGGAGGGGCUGACUGCUUGGUCUCCACCUGAGCCAAGACUCUACCCCUGGGUUUAAACCCGCAGGCUGCCGCCCCAGCCGUCUGCAUUUGCUUGGCUGCGAGGCCUUGACGCAGCUGUGUCUGCAUAGCGCUGCGCUGUGAUUGGCCAGGGGGCACUUGGCACUUGACCUGUAUGCUACUUGUCGCAGUGACGGGGAUUCACUGUUUUUUGGAUGAUAGGUUUAUUAUCUGAGUGUGUGUGACCAUGUUCUUCCGCUCAAGUCAAGGCUUGCUGGUGUAGGGCAUAUGAUUUUUAUUUAGUUUUUCUGGCCUCAAAUCUCCGACGAGCCCGUUUUCAAGAAUUUCGCCCUGGGAUCAACAUACUAUAUGUUAUCAGUAGUACAUACCCCCCUCCCCCAAAUAAAACUAAUUGCUACCUGCCACUUCUCUUCCUCUUUGCAGACAGCUCUUUCAUAGUUCACUGUCAGUCCUCUCACAGGGUUCGCCGUCACGAUGCAGGGCCUGUUCGUAAACAGGGCCGCUGAGAACUGUGGGGUGGCUGGACGGCUAGCAAUGAGGGACAUUUCAGUGGGAGGAGUUACCCAGCAAAGCCGGGAAUUGUGUUUUCGACAAGUGGAAGGCAUGACGGAUGUCAGCUUUGGUUGCGAAAACUCUGUUUUUGAAGCGGUUUGAAAAAGGUUAUGGUAAAUGCCCCGAUACUUUUACUUUUACUCGGGGUGGGAGGGGAAGGUGGCUUUCCUGUCACAUAACUACAACAGCGUGACCUUGGUGACAACAUGUUUUUGUGGCCCACCCUGACUUCCAUGGGCCAGCUUUAAUGUACUUUUAUUCAUGCCGUCGGACAAAUAACACUCUGACAGUGUAGGACUUGCAGUGUUGGUUUUAUGGCCUGUUUAAAGGCUUCUCCUGUGGUGUUUGCAAUGAUAUAACUGCUCAGUACAUUUUCAUCUUCUUGAUUUAAAGACAAAGAGCAUAUUUUUAAUAUAUGUGAGAUGAAUUGUUUAUUGAGCUUAAAAAUGAGAAUUAGAAUAAUAUAUUGUAAGAAAUAUGGAUGUGGUUAUAAAUCGGUAAAUUUCUUUUUCAAAAACACAACCUCAACAGGGGUCAUUUUGCCAAAGCACUGUACUGACACAAAGUAUCCGAAAUGUUUGCCCAUGUGUCCAACGUGCAGUGACAGUACUGCAAUAGAAUGGAAGUGAUUGGUCCAUUUAAAGGGAACACUGUCCCAGGGGGCGGGGCUAGCGAGCAUCUUUUGUGAUACCUGCCUCCUGGCUAAUCAAUCAUUUCACUGACACUACGAGGCUGGUAUUUCAGCUAGAGACGGACACUCCUAGCCACAUAAACGGACGCCGAGUUUUAAACAACAAAGUCUGCGACAGAUUUAGAGUGCCUUAUUGCCAAAACGUGCUUUAACCUCCUGGGCCUUCGACUGUUUUCUAUUAAUGCCAUUUUUUUAAAGUCUGUUUUCCAGGACUGUAUUUAUAGUGCUAAGUAGAUAAUAAAGCAUUUUCAGAAACAGUGUGAA